GGCAGGGAAAUUUUAUUAGACAACAAAAUGGCUAGUAAAGUAUUAGUUUUAGUUGUGACCAUCUUUUUGGUCGUAAAUGCUGUUGAAGAACACCAUCAUGAAAAACACCAAAACAAGCACCAUAACAAACACCAUAACAAACACCAUGGUUUAGCCCACCAUAGCAGGGAUUAUUCACCUUCUGCAGCGUGCCGAUGGGUUUGCGAUGGUACCUCAGGAGGUAACAGUACCACUGGGUCAGGUCCUGGACCUGGAGGUUCCACGAGUGAGGCUCCAGGUUCCGGAGGUUCCACACAAAGUGGCCCUGGAGGUCCAGGUUCCGAAAGUUCCACACAAAGCGGCCCUGGAGGUCCAGGUUCCGGAGGUUCCACACAAAGUGGCCCUGGAGGUCCAGGUUCCGAAAGUUCCACUCAAAGUGGCCCAGGAGGUCCUGGUUCCGGAGGUUCCACACAAAGUGGCCCUGGAGGUCCAGGUUCCGAAAGUUCCACUCAAGGUGGCCCAGGAGGUCCUGGUUCCGGAGGUUCCACACAAAGUGGCCCUGGAGGUCCAGGUUCCGAAAGUUCAACAAAUGGCCCUGGUGGUCCAGGUUCUGAAAGUUCCACACAAAGUGGCCCUGGUGGUCCAGGUUCCGAAAGUUCCACAGCAAGCGGCCCAGGAGGCCCUGGUUCCGGAGGUUCAACAAAUGGCCCUGGAGGUCCAGGUUCCGAAAGUUCCACACAAAGUGGGCCUGGAGGUCCAGGUUCCACACAAAGUGGCCCUGGAGGUCCAGGUUCCGAAAGUUCCACAGCAAGCGGCCCGGGAGGUCCUGGUUCCGGAGGUUCUUCAAGUUCAGCUCCAGGAGGAGGUACACCAGGAGGACAAGCAAGCACCCCAUCGGGAAAUCCAGGAAGUCAAACAUCAGAAAGUCCAGGAAGUGGAGGUUCUACAUCUAGUCCUGGAUCCAGUGGAGGCGGAGGCAACUUAAAUAUCAACCUAAUAUUUAAACAGUCAUCAAAUUUAAUCGCUUUGGUUAAUGUCGACGGCAAAGUUGGAAUUAUUUUCGACAUUAAAAACAACAUCACUCUCGAGUUUGAUAUCAAUAGUAAAGUUGGUUUUGUUCUGGACGUGUCCAAGAACAUACUCUACAAAAUAACUGUUUCAUCAUGGGAUGGUAAGUCCGCGGAAGCCGUCGUAGAUCUGUACAAAUCCCUAGAGGAGAUCCUAAAGACAGCUGAACAAUCUGGAACUAAAGUCGACGUUUCCGGAGAAGUUUCGAAAGAGUUCUUGGACAUCAACGUCCAACUGGGCUUUGCCACCGAAGAAGUAUCAUACAGACUCAUCACCGACUGCAUCGUAACCAACAUAAACCUAAUCACAAACAAACUGAAAGGCUUCUACAGCUCCGAUCUCAACAUCAAGAUUUCCGGAGGCUUACUGUGGUGGACGAAAGUACAAUCGGGCAUUACGGUUUUAUUCGGGGAAACAAACAAAACGAUAGAAGAGUUGGGGGUUAAAUUCAACGUGGAGAUCAUUCUAAAUCAACCCAACGGCGUGGCGAUAUUGGUGCAGAUACUGCUGCAGAUAGAGGAGAAGAGUGAUGUAACCGAGCUGGUUAUCAAAGUUUUGAGCGAUCAGAGCACCCUUUUGAACAUCCUCGUGCUUCUAGGCGGGGGAAAAACCACUGGGGUCGACGGUAUAGUCAACAUAGCCUUCCAGAUAAGCCUUCUGGUGAAUGGUAAGGGCUCUUUGGACGCCUUGAUCACGGCUUGCAUACAGUCAAUCUCCGUAACGACUAUUGCUGCUGAUGUGCAGGACUUCUACAAAGCCAUUCAAGCCUUGAUACAGGUGGUUCAGAAGAUUGCCGCUAAAGGAGCGUCAUCAGGGUGGACAAAGUUGCAGGGAACCCUGCAGCAGAUUGUUAGCGGUAGCUGGAAGAUCGGGGAUGUGGAUAUAUCGGCUAUAUUCAAGCUGGCUGUGUCAGGAAACUUCCAAGGAAGUUUGCAGAUCAUCAUACAAAUCUUGCAGAAGUUGGGCAGCCAAUGGACGGGUUCCGAUGGCGGCGUAAACGCUCUGUUCCAAGUGAUAAUAAAGUUGUUGAACGGAACAUACGGAAAGGCUAUUUUGGAGAAAUUGAUCCCGGGCAUCAAUCUCGGCGGAAUCAACGGUACCAACAUCAUAGAAUCUCUGCAAAAGCAGUUCAACUUGACCAGCAUUUUAUCUGGCGGCGUAAGUGGCUUAACGAAAAUUCCGAUCUUGGGGGACAUUUUGCAGAGCAUACAAACAGCGUACGGUGGCUCCUUCGACAUACAAAAACUUCUUAAUGCUACCGCACUGGUCGACACCAUUCAAAAUGGUGGAAAGAUUUGGACUGGAAUCAUAAGCAACAUCAUCGGCACCGUUGAGGAUGGUAUAGGAAGUUGGUUGAAUAUUACAACUGGAUGGUUGGGUGGUCUGGGUGGUCUAUUUGGAGGAGGAGGAAGUUCAGGGUCAAGUGGUAAUGGCAGUGGAGGUGUUACCGUUGGAGGAGGAGGAAGUCAAGGAGGAGGUAUUUCCAUUGGAGGGGGAGUUAUUGGUGCAGGUUCUGGUUCUGUAACUGGAUCUGGUGGUGUGACUGAGUCGGGUUCUGGUUCUGAAUCAGGUUCUGGUUCUGAAUCAGGAUCCGGUAGUGGAUCAGGAUCUGGUGGAGUAACCGUUUCGGGUGGUGGGUCAGGAUCUGGAUCCGGUGGAGGAUCUGGAUCCGGAUCUGGUGGGGUGUCUAUUUCGGGUGGUGGAUCAGGAUCUGGAUCAGGAUCCGGUGGGGUAACCAUUUCCGGUGGUGGAUCAGGAUCUGGAUCCAUUGGUGGAUCUGGAUCAGGAAGUAUUGGAGGUGGAUCUACAGGCGGAGGUAUUUCGUGGGGAUUUGGUCGCGAUCAUCAUCACCAUCAAAAUAAACACCAUGUGGCUCAUGACGAAAAAUCCGCUCAUCACGAGAAGGCGGCUCAUCACGAGAAGGCGGCUCAUCACGAGAAGGCGGCUCAUCACGAGAAGGCGGCUCAUCACGAGCACGCUCACGCGAAACACGCUCAUCACGAGGGAAAACAUGAGCACCACGAAGCUAAACACGCGCAGGCCCAUAAUGAGCACCAUGAGAUAAAGCAUCACCAUGGGAAACACCAUGGGCACAAUAACCAUGAAGAAUCCGUUCAUCAGUAAAUAUCAUUGAGGGUCUAUUAAAAAGGUUAUGGUUGAAAUUAAUGACAUAAUGUAUAUUUUGCAUAAAUAAAUAACGUUGAUUAUUCAUUAAUUGUU